AUGUUUCUGCAUCUAAUACCUGUCUUCUGCAUUGUAGAAAAGGUGAAUAACUUCCCACCGCUCCCCAAGUUUAUCCCUCUGAAACCAUGUUUCUACCAGAAUUUUGCUGAUGAAAUUCCCAUCGAUUAUCAGUCUCUGGUGAAGAGAAUCUACCACGUAUGGAUCUUUUACUGCAUCACGCUGGUAGUGAACAUCAUCGCGUGCCUGGCGUGGUGGAUCGGAGGAGGCUACGGGGUCAAUUUUGGCUUGGCCAUCCUCUGGCUUGUCCUCUUCAGUCCCUGCGGUUACGUCUGCUGGUUCCGACCCGCGUACAAAGCCUUUCGGUGAGUGGAAGCCCAU